AUGAUACUAGACUUGGUGGCUCUGCAAAUUCUGGCAGCUUCUACAUUCUUCAGCGGCACAUGCAAGUACCCAAGGAUAUUUGACGUCUUUGGCACACUAGAUCGAGUCUAUCGAGACCUUCAGUUUCAAGAACAGAGAGGUCAAGGUCCAAGCACUACGGUAUAUAAGAUCAAGAAAAUGAAGUCACUGAUGAACACCUACUGGAUGCUGUGUGACGCCGUACACCAGGCUAACGACUUCUACUGCGAUCAGCUGAUGGCCGUUAUGUUCUCCUUAUUUGUUCAAGUCACUAUCAAGUCCUACUUCUUCUUCUUGCACGUCAGAGCUGGUUACAUGUUCGGCAUGACUAUGGAUGCAGUCUGGGUCCUGGUUCUCAUCUGCUAUGCGAUUUUGGUUGCGAACUCAAGCACGGAUAUCACUAACUCGCUUGAAGGAUUCCUACUGCAGUUGCCUCACCACAACGCAAGAUUCUCUGCUCGUGGAUUUUUCCAGAUCCAUAAUGAGACCCUUACAUCAAUGGGUGGAGCGGUGACAACUUACCUAGUGAUACUGAUCCAGUUCCAGACUGAGAAGUAA